AUGACUAGGGUUUUAAGGGAAAACCCCAGUCAAGUGGAACCUAAAUAUUUGGUUGGGAAUAGAUUGUACACAUUGAAAGAGAAGGAUAGUUUGAGUGAAAAGCGUUUUGAUAACCCGGUUUUUGAGAUAUUGAGGAGGUUGAAUUUGAAGGCAUUGGUGGGUAGAAAGGAGAUUGAUAUUGACAGCAAUUCGGUGAAGUCAGAAGGAGUUUAUUUGAAUGAUAUCCUGAGGGAGUAUAAAGGAAAGCUUUAUGUACCCGAGCAAGUUUUUGGGAUAAAUUUAUCUGAGGAAGAGGAGUUCAACAGGAAUUUGAAGGAGUUGCCCAAAUUGAGCUACGUGGAUUUUCAGAAGUACUUGAAGAGUGAUAAAAUAAAGUUGAUGACUUUUACGGAGAAUAGUGGUAAUUAUGCAUACAGGGAUUUUGUGGUCGAUUUGAAAGAAAUACCUGGAGAAAAGAGCUUGCAUAAAACUAAAUGGGCAAUGAAGCUGGAUCGAGACCAAGCCCAAGCUCUUUUGGGGGAGUACCAGGGUCCAAGAUAUGAAAUCGAGAAGCAAAUGAUGUCCUAUGUAGGAAAAUUGCCAGAAUAUCCUCACCCAGUGGCAUCUAAAAUAUCGAGUAGAAUGAUGGUUGAACUUGGAGUGCUGACUGCUGCAAUGGCUGCGGCUGCAGUUGUUGUUGGAGGAUUUUUGGCUUCUGCAAUAUUUGCAGCUACCAGCUUUGUUUUUGCUGCGGCUGUAUAUGUCAUAUGGCCUAUUGCCAAACCAUUUCUGAAGCUAUUUUUUAGUCUCGUUUUUGGAGUUCUUGAAAGAGCAUGGGAUAAUCUUGCCGAUAUUUUUGGUGAUGGAGGAAUCUUUUCCAAGAUGUAUGAAGUAUACACUUUUGGUGGGGUGUCUGCUAGUCUUGAAAUGUUGAAACCAAUUAUGCUGGUAUUUUUGACCAUGGUUCUUCUUGUCCGUUUUACCCUUUCUAGAAGACCAAAGAAUUUUCGAAAAUGGGAUAUAUGGCAAGGCAUUGAAUUUUCUCAAUCAAAACCACAAGCUCGUGUGGAUGGUUCCACUGGAGUCACAUUUAAUGAUGUGGCAGGGAUUGAGGAAGCAGUUGAAGAGCUCCAAGAGUUGGUGCGAUACCUGAAAAAUCCUGAACUAUUUGAUAAAAUGGGGAUAAAGCCUCCACAUGGAGUUCUUCUCGAGGGCCCUCCAGGAUGUGGCAAGACUCUAGUUGCCAAGGCCAUAGCGGGUGAGGCUGGUGUUCCAUUCUACCAAAUGGCUGGAUCUGAAUUCGUGGAAGUUUUAGUUGGUGUUGGUUCUGCUCGUAUAAGAGAUUUAUUUAAGAGAGCAAAGGUAAAUAAACCAUCGGUCAUUUUUAUUGAUGAAAUUGAUGCACUGGCUACAAGGCGUCAAGGAAUAUUCCGCGAGACAACAGACCAUCUAUACAAUGCAGCAACUCAAGAAAGAGAAACCACAUUGAACCAACUCUUGAUAGAACUAGAUGGAUUUGAUACAGGAAAAGGUGUCAUAUUUUUGGGUGCCACUAAUCGAAGGGAUUUGUUGGACCCCGCACUUCUUCGUCCUGGUCGGUUCGAUCGCAAGAUAAGAAUCCGACCUCCAAAUGCAAAAGGAAGAUUGGAAAUUUUGAAAGUUCAUGGCCAUAAGGUGAAAUUAUCAGAUACUGUUGAUUUGACCAGUUAUGCAAACAACUUGCCUGGGUGGUCGGGUGCAAAGCUAGCACAGCUGCUCCAAGAGGCAGCUCUUGUGGCUGUCAGGAAAAGGCAUAAUGCAAUUCUUCAGGAAGACAUGGAUGAUGCAGUUGACCGACUUACUGUGGGACCCAAGCGUGUUGGGAUAAAAUUGGGCCAUCAAGGCCAAUGUCGCCGAGCUACUACGGAAGUGGGGACCGCUUUGACUGCUCAUCUGCUAAGGCGCUUUGAGAAUGCAAAUAUUGAGAGAUGUGAUCGCAUAUCAAUCAAUCCUCGUGGACAGACACUGUCUCAAGUUGUAUUUCAUCGUCUUGAUGAUGACGCGUACAUGUUUGAGCGUCGACCUCAGUUGUUACACCGUCUUCAGGUAUUACUUGGAGGCAGAGCUGCCGAAGAGGUCAUUUUCGGGAGAGAUACUUCGAAGGCAUCAGUUAAUUAUCUUGCUGAUGCAUCUUGGCUUGCUCGUAAGAUUAUUACAAUAUGGAAUCUGGAUAACCCAAUGGUGGUGCACGGAGAACCAGCUCCUUGGAGAAAGAGAGCAAAAUUUGUGGGCCCACGCCUUGAUUUUGAAGGAUCACUUUAUGAUGACUAUGACUUGAUUGAGACUCCGGUCAACUUCAAAUUAGACGAUGACGUUGCAAAGAGGACGGAAGAAUUGAUCCAUAAUAUGUAUGGAAAGACCGUUGAUUUGCUGAGACAGCAUAGUGCUGCUUUGCUGAAAACUGUUAAGGUUCUUCUUAAUCAGAAAGAGAUUCACGGGGAUGAUAUAGAGUUUAUCAUCGACAAUUAUCCUCCGCAAACUCCCACGAGUCUUGUACUGGAAGAAAGAGAUCCAGGGAGGCUUCCAUUUUUCGAACAAAAGCAAGCAGAACUGGAUGAAGUAGAAUACAGCCUUCUGUCUUCAUGA